AUGGAGGGACAUAAAAACAUAAACAGUGAUAUUUUGGUGUCACCCCCUGUGAGGGUGUCACCCGGAAAUAUAACUCCAUCCGAAAUGAAAUUGUAUCUUGAAAAAGGCAAUUUAGAAUCAUGUAAGGUUUUCUUGGCCUAUAAGUUAAGUCAGCCCUUGGUGCACCAAACUUUAUUAACCCACGCUGGACCUAGUAGCACCUUCACUGACGAGUCACUGGCAGAUUUGAAAAACAUUCUACUAGAGUCAAACAAAUUUCUUUCAAACAAAAAAGAUCUAGCCAACCAUUGUACAAAUCCUAAUGUAUUAACAUUAUCUGAAAUGAACAUUGAUGCUAAAGAUAGGGGACAUGUGCAUUCAUCAACUCCCACUACUGAGCCAAAUGCUUCGGAUGAGGAGUUGAAAUUUUUGAGUGACAUAUUUGAGAAUAGUGCUGAGUCGUCGUGCCCCACGAAGUUAAGGAGGAAAAGAACUGCCCCGAUCCUCCCACACGAAGGUGACCACAAUCUAUUAGUGACGAGCGCCCUUCCUUACGUCAAUAACGUUCCUCACCUUGGGAACAUCAUCGGCUGUGUGCUAAGCUCUGAUGUCUUUGUAAGGUAUGCUCGACUGCGUGAUUACAACGUGUUGUUCGUAUGCGGCACAGAUGAGUACGGCACGGCCACCGAAGCCAAGGCCCUGGAGGAAGGUCUGACACCGAAGCAGAUUUGUGAUAAGUACCACGAGGUUCACAAGUCCAUAUAUGACUGGUUCGACAUCAGUUUCGAUAGAUUCGGCAGGACGACUAAUCGACAUCAAACUAAGAUUGCACAGGACAUUUUCUGGGACCUCUACAACAAUGGAUACAUUUUGAAGGAUUCUGUCGAACAGUUUCUAUGUGAAAAUUGUGAUAGAUUUCUGGCAGAUAGAUUUGUCGAGGGCACGUGCCCUUACUGUCUGUAUGAGGACGCCAGGGGCGACCAGUGCGACAAGUGCGGCAAACUCAUCAACGCCAUCGACCUCAAGAAUCCGCAGUGCAAGGUCUGCAGAAGUACCCCGUGCAUCCGACAGUCCAACCAUCUCUUCCUUGACCUUCCUACUUUGGAACCUCGACUGAGUAGCCACCUGGAUAGAGCAAUGGAGCGAGGCAUUUGGUCGACGAAUGCAAAAACGAUUACGAGGUCCUGGAUCAGAGAUGGGCUGAAACCGAGGUGCGUCUCCAGGGACUUGAAGUGGGGUACCCCUGUACCGCUGGAGGGGUACCAAAAUAAGGUGUUCUACGUGUGGUACGAUGCUCCGAUUGGUUACAUCUCCAUAACAGCUGACUAUAUUGAUGAAUGGAAGAAAUGCAAGUUUUCAAAGAGCAAAAAAUAUGGUGUCUUCGGUGACAACGCCGUAGAAGCUGGACUUCCAGCUGAUAUUUUUAGAUUCUAUCUUUUGUUUAUUAGACCCGAAUCUCAAGACAGUGCAUUUACGUGGGAUGACUUCAUGUUGAAAAACAAUAGCGAACUUCUCAACAAUCUCGGAAACUUUGUCAACAGGGCCCUAAUGUUCCUUGCCAAUAACUUCGGUGGCAAAGUUCAAAAGGUCAAAUUAACACCCGAUGAUAAAAAGUUCAUCAUGAAUGUGUCACAUGAGUUGGGAUCGUAUAUUCAAAAUAUGGAGCAUGUUCGAUUAAGAGAUGGCUUACGAAACAUACUCAGCAUAUCCUCGCUAGGCAAUCAGUACAUGCAGUCCAAUAAACCUUGGGUCCUCAUCAAGGGCUGUAAUGAUGACAAAUUAAGAGCAGGAUCGGUAUGUUCUUUGGCAGCCAAUGUGGUGCACCUGAUAGCCACCCUCCUCCACCCGUUCAUGCCUAAAACAUCAACUGCCAUGUUGCAGCAGCUCAACGUCGCCACGAACACUGCAGCUGCUGCUUGCACUGCUGCCGAUGCUGAUGAUGUCACUAAUGGUCAUCAGUUUGUGUUGGAUGAACAUUUUAGAUGCUACCUCAAAGAUGGACAUUGUGUCGGCGAGGUGAAGCCACUAUUCCAGAAGAUAGAACAAUCGCACAUCAAUGAGCUGAAGAUCAAGUUCUCCGGAAAACAGCAACAGCAGCAGCAGCAGCAGCAGAUGAAUGGAACAGUGGAAGGGAUGGAUGAGUCGUCGUUGUCUCUUAAGAUUCAGCAUCAAGGUGAUGUAGUGAGAAAGCUGAAGGAGCAGAAGGCAGAGAAAACGAAAAUAGAUGAAGAGGUGAAAGUUUUGUUGAAACUGAAAGCCCAUCUUAGUGCAAUUUCGGGAAAACCCAUGCCAGCGUCAGCUCCUGUUUCUAAGAAGGCGAAAGGGAAAAACCCAAAAUAG